CCUAAUAAAUAUUCCUAAUAUGUGUUUGUUUGUCAAAAAGAUAAAAUAGCAUAUUUCAUUUCUGGUAGCUAUGAAUUGUGAAUAGCAUAGACAGAGCGAUGUCAUGAGGAUGUUAGGGUUAACCAAUUUGAUAUCACUCUCAUUUCCUUCUUCUCACCAUUACCAUAAUAAUCCUCAAUCAUCCUUCUUCAAUCCUCCUCCUCGAAAACCACUUCCUUUGUUUGUUGCUGCUGCUGCAUCCAACAACAAUAACAACAACAAUGGGGUAAAGGAAUCACAACAACAACAACAACCCUCUUCUUCUUCUGGUUCCAAUUCCUCCAAUGGACAAGAAGAACAACAAAGAAAACCCUCUUCUUAUUUUUUUGGUUUGAAUUGGAGUAACCUUUUAGACCCAGAUCCUGAUAAUCUUCUUGCACUUGGAUUAACAGGUCUUCUUACAUGGGCAAGUGUUCAAGUUCUCUUCCAACUUUUGUUUAUUUCUUUGGCUAUUCUUGUUGCUGCCCUCAAAUACUCUUUCAUUGCUGCUCUUCUCAUUUUCAUUCUCAUUGCCCUUCUUUAAUUAUACUCUUUUGUAAUGUCAUUUUCAUAUAUACAUAAUGGAUAACUUAUUA